AUGAGCCAAGCACACCCACCAGAACAAUCUGUGCCGGAAGCGGUCAACAGCCAGAUGGAGGUGCCACAACAAAGACCGGAUGGCAAGGGAUACAUCGACGACGCAGCGGAGCCGUGCGACAACAAGAGCGAGGGCUCGAGCGUUGAGGAGAGCCUCGACAGUGCGGACGAGCGGAGCCACGGCGGAUGGCCAGAGGACGAAUCCGGGCUUGAAGAUGACGAGGAAUAUGAUGACGAUAACUGGGAUGUCGAGAACGAGGACUGGGAGCUCGCCGAUGGCGACUUUACAAAGCAGUACAACCGCGUGCGGCAAGCCUACACGGCGGCUGGAGGCGGGACGCAGCCUCUCCCAGCGCGCAACUCUCACGCACCGGGAGCGAUCAAGGCCGCGCCAGCCAAGGCGGGAAGCCUGGGCAAGAAGCUCGUGAACCCGGCGUUGUUAGGGGGCGUGGGCCACAACCCGAAGAGCGCGGCGGAGCGGCAGAACCAGAAGGACAAGGCGGAUCGCGCGACGCACGAGCAGGUUCUCGACGACCGGACACGCAACACGCUCCUCCGCCUCGUGAACCGGGGAUAUUUUGGGGUUAUCGAGGGGUGCGUCAGCACCGGCAAGGAGGCCAACGUGUACCUUGCUUUCCCGGGGUCCGAUACACCGUCUGAGCCGUACCCGUACCCGCCUGCCAUUGCAGUCAAGAUCUACCGCACGGCGAUCCUCAAUUUCCGCUCACGGCAAAAAUACAUUGUCGGCGAGCACCGCUUUGCAGGCGGGUACUCGAGCGCGCGGAAUGCGCGCAAGAUGGUGUCUCUGUGGGCUGAGAAGGAGCUGCGUAACCUUCGCCGUCUGGUGGCUGGUGGUGUGCGUGCCCCAAUAGUCAUUGAGCAGCGCGACAACGUCUUGGUGAUGGAGUUCUUGGGCCGUGAAGGUGUCGCCUCGCCACGGUUGAAGGACGCGGAUAUCUCCAACUCGAAACUUGCGCGGCUAUAUGGCGAGGUCCUCGUGGCUAUGCGCCGCAUGUACCACGACUGCCAACUCGUGCACGCCGACUUGAGCGAGUACAAUAUCCUCUAUCACGACUCGCAUCUGUACAUCAUCGACGUGUCGCAGAGUGUCGAGCAUGACCACCCGAACGCAUUCGACUUUCUGCGCAGCGACAUCCGCAACGUCGAGGACUUUUUCACAAAACGCUCAGGCGGUGCAGUCAAGACACUUGGUUUGCGGCGCGCGUGGAGCUUUAUCGUGGACGAGAACGUGGGGCUUAGUCGGGACGACCAGGCGGGUGAUGCUGGCGAGGACCGGCUGCUAGACGUUCUGCGCGAAUGGCUGGACCGCGAGCCGGAGGAGGAGGAGGCAGAGGAGGAGACGGAUGACGCAAAGGCCAAGGCCGAGGUUGACGACGCCGUCUUCUUCUCGUCAUACAUUCCGCGCUCGCUUGGCGAAGUGUAUGACCCCGAGCGCGACAUUGAUAUCCUCAAGGCGGGCAAGGGCGACACGCUCAUCUACGCCGGCAUCACCAAGCUCGACAUCAAUGAGGGCAAGGCGGCGAGCGAGGGCGAGAUGGCCUCGAACGAGGGAGAGACUCCUGCGCCCAUCAAGGAAGAAGAGGCUGACGCCUCGCAAGAGGUCGAGGCCUCGCCGGACGCAGAAGAGCCGACCGCACCCGAAGGAACAGCCGAGCGGAGACCUAGCAAGAGUGUCCGUUGGGCCGACUGGGAACCGGAGGAGGAAGCCGAGGUCGAUGCCGCCGAGUUUGAGAAAAAGUCGCGCGGGUUCCGACAUGAGGACAAGGAGUCUAAGAAGGAACGCAAAAAGGCACUCAAGGAGGAGAACCGCGAGAAACGCAAACACAAGAUGCCCAAGGGGGAGAAGGCCCGGCUGGUCAAGAAGACCAGCUCGCGAUGA